GGUGGGAUUUUCGGUAUACGGAGUAGUGUGCACAGAAAACCAGUCGUUGCCGCCGUGGCCGUCGUCGUCGGUGUUGCCAUCAGACAGCAACUGGUGUACGGCAGUAUGUGUGCGUGAUCCGAGCACGUAAUGUCGGCGGUAUGUACCGCGUUAUUGUCGUCCGUUAGUUUGCUAUUUCAUUAAUUGAAUUUAUUUUUCUCCCACCUAUACUUACGAAAUAUUACGUUAUUUUUAUACACCUCGACUAAAAUAAAUUUGUAUCAUUUUAAUGGUAAUAUUAACGUUGUGAGAUGAUGUGCCGCCAUCAAUGGCCAACACACAUAGUGUCACCGACGUUAGACUGCUGCUGGAAUUGCCGCCAGUCGAACGCUUCAAGAAAAGGUCGACUACGGGAAAGGCCGGCGCCAAAAAGAAAUCUACGGCUGUCCGUCGACGGCUCGUUCACACGAUAGCCGGCGUGUUGGUCGGCUUGACCGUUGGGUUUCUAAUGGGCGACUCCACACUACGACUUCACACUGGUUGUCGGGAGUUCGGCCCCAGCUUAUCACAACCUUUAAAACAACCAGCCGUAUCUCCUAUACAAUGGGCUAUUGAAGAAGAUGGUCCAGCGAACGGUACCACGACGUCAGAUGAGUUGCCAGCUACGCUGCUAUUCGUAGGAGUCAUGACAGCCAACCAGUACCUGUCUACUAGAGCGGCGGCUGUACAUCGUACGUGGGCACGACAAGUCCCUGGUCGCGUGCUCUUUUACUCAUCGGAAACUUCGGUUCGACCAACGGAAGCACCCGAUCUUCCGCUCGUUCGAUUGGCCACAGUCGAUGAUUCGUAUCCGCCGCAGAAAAAGUCCUUUCUCAUGUUACAACACAUGUGGGAUAAUUAUGGUGACAAGUACGAAUGGUUUAUGCGAGCCGACGACGACGUUUACGUGCGUCCCGAUAAACUGGAAACCUUACUCAGAUCAGUAGAUAGUCGAAAGCCCGUGUUCAUAGGGCAGGCUGGUCGUGGUAACCAGGAAGAAUUCGGCUUAUUGAGCCUCGAGUACGACGAAAAUUUCUGCAUGGGCGGCCCUGGCGUCAUUAUGAGUCGCGAAACUCUGGCGAGGGUCGUGCCACACAUCAAACACUGUCUAAAGAAUCUUUUUACCACUCACGAGGAUGUUGAACUUGGAAGAUGUGUGCAGAAAUUUGCCGGUGUGCCAUGCACGUGGUCAUAUGAGAUGCAAACUAUAUUUUAUCACAAUUCGAGUGGUCGCGAAGCGUUCACGGGUAACUUGAAAUUAAAAGAAGUUCAUAGGGCUAUAACGUUACAUCCAAUUAAACAACAUAGUCACAUGUAUAGAAUACAUAAUUAUAUGAAAGGACUCGAGUUACAAGACUUACAACAAAAGAAGAUUCUGUUACAUAGAGAUAUUUAUGCAAUGAUGGAACAAUUGAACAAACUUCAAUCUCACCCUGAAUCUUCAGUCAAUUUCAUGUUAACCAAAAAGACUAAAUUAUUCAAUGCUCGUCCUGGUAGUCCUAACUAUUUAGGAGACCCCAAAUUACUUGGAUUGCCUCCAGGUUUAAAUAAAUUUAGACCACGCAGAGUAAUGGAUGUAAUAAAAUGGGAUUUUAUUUCAAAGUCAUGGUUUUCAGAUACUGAUUCAAAUCCUCGUAGAAGAAUUGAGUCAUUUGCAAAAGAAGGUCUAGAUGAUGUUGUUCGUGAGGUAAUGGACAUUAUUAACAAAUUUUCAAAACAACGGGGAAGAGUAAUUGAAUUUAAAGAAAUUUUUUAUGGUUAUCACAGAGUUAAUCCAUUGUAUGGGGUUGACUAUAUAUUAGAUAUGUUGUUAAUGUACAAAAAAUAUAGGGGAAAAAAAAUGACCGUGCCAGUAAGAAGACAUGCAUAUCUUCAACAACAAUUUACAAAUUUUGAAAUAAGAGAAGUAAUUAAUGGCGUGGAAGUAAAACAGAAACAGCUUGAAGAAACAUUUAGUAUUGAUUUUGGGAUUGAAGAGAACACUAUGCCAGCCAAAGACAUUGUAGAUAAUGGAUUGCUUCGUAUUGAUGGUCACUCAAUUGAAAACAUAAAACAAUCAUUAGAUAAAAUUUCAUUAAAAACUAUUAAUUUUGUAUUACCAUUAUUCAAUCGCCAUGCAACAUUUAUUCGUUUUAUGGAUAACUAUGAAUCUGUUUGCUUAGCUAAUAAUGAACGUGUUACCUUAACAAUUGUACCUUUUGGGCAAACAACAUUAAAUAAAGCUGUAGAAAUUGUUGAUGCUGUUAAAACCAAAUAUCCUAAUGCUAGAAUAAAAUUGUUACCAGAUUUAGAAGAUUCUUUUGCUCGAGCAUUAGCUUUAGACUUCGGUUCUAGUCGAAUAAAUGCACCUGAAGAUCUACUUUUUUUUGUUGAUGUUGACAUGUUAUGGACAAAUGCUAUGCUCGAUAGAAUACGGUUAAAUACAAUUCGGAAUCGCUCAGUCUAUUUUCCUAUAGUUUACAGUGAGUUUGAUCCUAUAGUUGUUUAUGGUCAAUCAGUAUCACCCAAUCACUUUCUCAUUAACCAAGAUAGUGGCUAUUGGAGGCAAUAUGGUUAUGGUAUAGUUAGUAUGUAUAAAUCUGACCUAAUAGCAAUUGGUAGUUUUAAUACAUCAAUUCAUGGAUGGGGUAAAGAAGAUGUGGAUUUAUUUGAAAAAUUUGUUAAGAAAAAUCCAAAGAUGAUUUUUAGAGCUGUUGAUCCAGACCUAGUUCAUGUCUUUCAUAAGGUUGAAUGUGAUACUAAUUUAUCUCAACAACAGGCUAUAAUGUGUAAGAACACUCGUUAUGAAACAUAUGGAAAUGUAGAUCAACUAGCCAAUACAAUUUAUAAAAACCAAGAAAAAUUUUACAGUUUUGUGAAUAAACAAAUUAACAAGUCAACUAAAGCUAUACCUUCAAGAUGAAAACAAUAUUAGAGCUAUUAUGAUGUAACAAGAGUACUAUCAAUAUUUUGUAGUUUAUUGUUUUUAUUGUGAUAUUUUAUCAAAUUUUCCUACAAGUUUUUACUACAAUUAAUUUUUAAUUUUUAUAAUAUAACUAAAAUUGUAAAUAAAGUGAAUUUGUGAUAGA